UGAGGAACGAACUUCCUGUUACGUCAUAUCAACGUUGACGUUGACAUACUAGACAAACGUCAAGCGGUAAAGAAAGUAGCUGGUGGUCAUUUUGUGAAGAGUUUUUAUUUUUCAUAUAAAAACCUUUUAUCUUGUAUUUCCGGACCUAUCAUUUAAGGAAUCAUGAGUUCAUUGAAACUGCAAAAGAGGCUAGCAGCCUCUGUUAUGCGAUGCGGGAAGAAAAAAGUUUGGCUGGAUCCAAAUGAAGUAAACGAAAUUGCAAACAGUAAUUCCAGACAAAAUAUCCGUAAAUUGAUCAAGGAUGGUCUCAUCAUUAAAAAACCAGUAGCAGUCCAUUCAAGAGCUAGAGUACGCAAGAACACUGAGGCUAGGAAGAAGGGAAGACAUUGUGGCUUUGGAAAAAGGAAGGGUACUGCUAAUGCUCGAACACCUAGGAAGGUAUAUCAGAAAAAAUGUCCACUUAAAAGUGCCUUAAGAUAGUUUGUGAUUGCUAUCAAUGUAUUUAGAAUAUGUUGAUCAAUGUUGCUAUAAACAUUUUCUGAUUUUUGUAGGAACUAUGGACACAACGCAUGAGAGUACUCAGAAGACUACUAAAAAAGUACCGUGAAGCCAAGAAAAUUGACAGGCAUCUGUAUCAUGCACUUUACAUGAAAGCAAAAGGUAAUGUUUUCAAGAACAAGAGAGUCUUGAUGGAGUACAUUCAUAAGAAGAAAGCAGAAAAAGCGCGUGCAAAGAUGCUGCAAGACCAAGCUACUGCUAGAAGAAUGAAAGUCAAACAGGCUAAAGAGAGGAGAUUGGAGAGAAUUGCCAGCAAGAAGCAGGAAGUUCUUGAGAAUUAUCAGAAAGAAGAUGAGAUUGCUGCUAAGAAAUAAUAUGAUUGAAUACAAUCUACAAAUAAAUGUUUAACAUAAAA